GUGCUAGCGCUCAGAGUGGACGCCGCUCAGAGUGGACGCGGGACCGGGGGACCGGCUGCCGCGGGGCACCCCGAUCUCUGAGCUGAGCCGCGGGACGCUGCCUCAUCUGACGAUUGGCUCGGCUCGAGUCCUCUCUGUGAGGGACUGGGGCCACCCCCCCUCCAGGGUGAGGUUGGAGGUUGCAGGUCACUGCCAAGCAUGGCGCCUGCCUGGGGCCCUGGUGUGGCGCCUGUGAUUGGUACCGUGGGCCUCGUGGUCUUGCUGGUCGGAGGCUGCGCAGCAGAAGAGCCCCCCAGGUUCAUCAAAGAGCCCAAAGACCAGAUCGGCGUGUCGGGAGGUGUGGCCUCCUUUGUGUGUCAGGCCACGGGUGACCCCAAGCCACGGGUGACCUGGAACAAGAAGGGGAAAAAAGUCAACUCGCAGCGCUUUGAGACGAUCGAGUUUGACGGGAGUGCGGGGGCCGUGCUGAGGAUCCAGCCGCUGCGGACGCCUCGGGAUGAGAACGUGUAUGAGUGCGUGGCCCAGAACUCCGUUGGGGAGAUCACGGUCCACGCCAAGCUCACUGUCCUCCGAGGUACUGGGACCCAGCUGCCCCCCGGUUUCCCCAACAUCGACAUGGGCCCCCAGCUGAAGGUGGUGGAGCGGACGCGGACGGCUACGAUGCUGUGUGCUGCCAGCGGCAACCCUGACCCCGAGAUCACCUGGUUCAAGGACUUCCUGCCCGUGGACCCCAGUGCCAGCAACGGGCGCAUCAAGCAGCUGAGAUCAGGGGCUCUGCAGAUUGAGAGCAGCGAGGAGACCGACCAGGGCAAAUAUGAGUGCGUGGCCACCAACAGCGCCGGCGUGCGCUACUCCUCGCCUGCCAACCUCUACGUGCGAGUCCGCCGUGUGGCUCCUCGAUUCUCCAUCUUGCCCAUGAACCACGAGAUCAUGCCAGGGGGCAACGUGAACAUCACCUGUGUAGCCGUGGGCUCGCCCAUGCCAUAUGUCAAGUGGAUGCAGGGGGCUGAGGACCUGACACCCGAAGAUGACAUGCCCGUGGGGCGGAACGUGCUGGAACUCACGGACGUCAAGGACUCCGCCAACUACACGUGUGUGGCCAUGUCCAGCCUGGGCGUCAUCGAGGCCGUGGCCCAGAUCACGGUGAAAUCUCUCCCCAAAGCCCCCGGGACUCCCGUGGUGACGGAGAACACAGCCACCAGCAUCACCAUCACCUGGGACUCGGGCAACCCAGACCCCGUGUCCUACUACGUCAUCGAGUAUAAAUCCAAGAGCCAGGACGGGCCGUACCAGAUCAAAGAGGACAUCACCACGACGCGGUACAGCAUCGGGGGCCUGAGCCCCAACUCCGAGUAUGAGAUCUGGGUGUCAGCCGUCAACUCCAUCGGCCAGGGCCCCCCCAGCGAGUCGGUCGUCACCCGCACGGGCGAGCAGGCCCCGGCCAGCGCGCCGCGGAACGUGCAGGCCCGCAUGCUGAGCGCCACCACCAUGAUCAUCCAGUGGGAGGAGCCCGUGGAGCCCAACGGCCUGAUCCGGGGCUACCGGAUCUACUACACCAUGGAGCCCGAGCACCCCGUGGGCAACUGGCAGAAGCACAACGUGGACGACAGCCUGCUGACCACGGUGGGCAGCCUGCUGGAGGACGAGACCUACACCGUGCGCGUGCUGGCCUUCACCUCCGUGGGCGACGGGCCCCUCUCGGACCCCAUCCAGGUCAAGACGCAGCAGGGAGUGCCCGGCCAGCCCAUGAACUUCCGGGCCGAGGCCAAGUCUGAGACGAGCAUCGGUCUCUCCUGGAGCCCCCCACGGCAGGAGAGCAUCGUCAAGUACGAGCUCCUGUUCCGGGAAGGCGACCACGGCAGAGAGGUCGGGAGGACCUUCGACCCGGCCACAGCCUUCGUGGUGGACGACCUCAAGCCCAACACGGAGUAUGCCUUCCGCCUGGCGGCACGCUCCCCACAGGGCCUGGGCGCCUUCACCUCGGUGGUGCGGCAGCGCACGCUGCAGUCCAAACCGUCUGCCCCCCCUCAAGAUGUUAAGUGUGUCAGCACACGCUCCACGGCCAUUUUGGUAAGUUGGCGCCCGCCACCGCCGGAAACACACAACGGGGCCCUGGUGAGCUAUAGCGUCCGCUACCGACCGCUGGGCUCGGAGGACCCGCAACCCAAGGAGGUGAACGGCAUCCCCCCGACCACCACUCAGAUCCUGCUGGAGGCACUGGACAAGUGGACGGAGUACCGCAUCACGACUGUCGCUCACACAGAGGUGGGACCAGGGCCCGAGAGCUCGCCCGUGGUCAUCCGCACCGACGAGGACGUGCCCAGCGCGCCGCCGCGGAAGGUGGAGGCGGAGGCGCUCAACGCCACGGCCAUCCGCGUGCUGUGGCGCUCGCCCUUGCCAGGCCGGCAGCAUGGCCAGAUCCGCGGCUACCAGGUCCACUACGUGCGCAUGGAGGGCGCCGAGGCCCGGGGGCCUCCGCGCAUCAAGGACAUCAUGCUGGCUGAUGCCCAGGAGAUGGUCAUCACAAACCUGCAGCCUGAGACCACCUACUCCAUCACUGUAGCCGCCUACACUAUGAAAGGCGAUGGCGCUCGCAGCAAACCCAAGGUGGUAGUGACCAAGGGAGCAGUGCUGGGCCGCCCCACCCUGUCGGUGCAGCAGACCCCCGAGGGCAGCCUGCUGGCACGCUGGGAGCCCCCAGCUGGCACCACCGAGGACCAGGUACUGGGCUACCGCCUGCAGUUCGGCCGAGAGGACUCGUCACCCCUGGCCACGCUGGAGUUCCUGCCCACCGAGGACCACUACACGGCGUCAGGCGUGCACAAGGGGGCCACCUAUGUGUUCCGGCUGGCAGCUCGCAGCCGAAGUGGCCUGGGCGAGGAGGCGGCGAGGUCCUUGAGCAUCCGGGAGGACACGCCCCGCGGCCAUCCGCAAUUCCUCGAGGCGGCUGGCAACGUCUCGGCCGGCACCGUCCUGCUGUGCUGGCUGCCGCCCGUGCCUGCGGAGCGCAACGGUGCCAUCGUCAAGUACACGGUGGCGGUCCGGGAGGCCGGUGCCCCGGGCCCCGCCCGCGAGACUGAGCUGCUGGCAGCGGCCGAGCCGGGUGCUGAGAACGUGCUCACGCUGCAGGGCCUCAAGCCCGACACGGCCUAUGACCUCCAAGUGCGGGCCCACACGCGCCGGGGCCCCGGCCCCUACAGCCCCCCUGUCCGCUACCGGACGUUCCUGCGGGACCAAGUCUCGCCCAAGAACUUCAAGGUGAAGAUGAUCAUGAAGACGUCGGUCCUGCUCAGCUGGGAGUUCCCCGACAACUACAACUCGCCCACACCCUACAAGAUCCAGUACAACGGGCUCACCCUGGACGUGGAUGGCCGCACCACCAAAAAGCUCAUCACGCACCUCAAGCCCCACACCUUCUACAACUUCGUGCUGACCAACCGCGGCAGCAGCCUGGGCGGCCUCCAGCAGACGGUCACGGCCUGGACUGCCUUCAACCUGCUCAGCGGCAAGCCCAGCGUGGCCCCCAAGCCCAACACCGACGGCUUCAUCAUGGUGUAUCUUCCCGACGGCCAGAGCCCCGUGCCCGUCCAGAACUACUUCAUUGUGAUGGUGCCGCUGCGCAAGUCUCGCGGUGGCCAGUUCCUGACCCCGCUGGGCAGCCCGGAGGACAUGGACCUGGAGGAGCUCAUCCAGGACAUCUCCCGGCUGCAGAGGCGCAGCCUGCGGCACUCGCGCCAGCUCGAGGCGCCCCGGCCCUACAUCGCGGCUCGCUUCUCGGUGCUGCCCCCCACCUUCCAGCCCGGGGACCAGAAGCAGUACGGCGGCUUCGACAACAGAGGCCUGGAGCCCGGCCACCGCUACGUCCUCUUCGUGCUCGCCGUGCUGCAGAAGAGCGAGCCCACGUUCGCCGCCAGUCCCUUCUCGGACCCCUUCCAGUUGGACAACCCGGACCCCCAGCCCAUCGUGGACGGCGAGGAGGGGCUCAUCUGGGUGAUCGGGCCCGUGCUGGCCGUGGUCUUCAUCAUCUGCAUUGUUAUUGCCAUCCUGCUCUACAAGAACAAACCUGACAGUAAACGCAAGGACUCGGAGCCCCGCACCAAAUGCCUGCUGAACAACGCCGACCUCGCCCCCCACCACCCCAAGGACCCUGUGGAAAUGAGGCGCAUCAACUUCCAGACCCCAGAUUCAGGCCUCAGCAGCCCCCUCAGGGAGCCGGGGUUUCACUUUGAAAGUUAG